CUGAAUUAACCAAACAAUCCCAUAUCUCCGUUCCUUAUUCCAACACAAUUGUGUCCCAUUUCCAGUCCAUAAUGGAUUCUCAAGUAUUAUCAGUUACAAAACCCCCCUUUUCUCCCUAAAUUUCACUACCCUUAAACCCUCGAUUCAAAACCCAGAAAUAAAGCAUGAAGAAAUUUAAAGACGUUGUGAUGAAACUCGCUGAGAAUGCAGCCCCUGAACUCAAAAUCGUGAUUCAAGAACAACUCGCCAAGUUCACCUCUGCCCUUCAUACCCCUGAUCAUCCUCCUUACGCUGCUAUGAUACACAAUGCAAUUAUCGAGUUGAAUGACAAGAGAGGUUCCAGUGAAGAGUCGAUAUCCGAGUAUAUUAAAAAUCAGCAUACUGACUUACCUUUGGCUCACAAUUCAUUACUGAAACAUCACUUGGGUAAGUUGUGUGAAUCUGGUGAGAUUGUGGUGACCGGUAAACAUCUAUACUUACUUCCUGGCAGCAACCCUACACUGGAGUCUCGUGUUAGAACUGAGAAAGAUAGGGUGACAAGAAAGAGAAAGGCAAGAAAGGGCCGCGGCAGGGUCGGUAAAAAAUGUCGAACAGAGACUGAUAAGCAUGGGGAAUCGCAUGGUGAGGAACAUGGAGAAACUGCUAGGUUUUAUAAAGGGAAUGAUGGGAUAAUUCUAGACAACAAUGAGAUCAAAGUAGAUAACAAAGUCAACGGGGUUGGAGAACUUGAUCAGGUAGUUAAACAAAUUGAGCUGGAAAAUAGAAUGCUCGAUGAGCAAAGUCAGCUACACGAGCAGCUAUCACAUGAAAUAUGUGCACCUGUUGUUGACUCAUUACAACCUGAACAUUCAAGUCCUGACAGGCCCCCUGGUUUUGACUAUAUAAUUCUCCAAUCGAAGCAGAAUUGUAUAAUUGUACAAGAACCAGAAUUGAUUUCUGAUUCUGGAAGGCUUUCCGAGUCUGAAACACUGCUGCAGGUAGAUCAGGAGCAAUGGCGGCUUCAGGGACAAGCAAACUGCAAAUAUCAUAUUCGGUCUGAGGGCUCCAAAUCAGCAUCAUCAGAUUUUUCAACAGAGUUGUUGACUCAAAAUCAGCAGCAGCGAAUGGAUCCAUUGAACUCAGAUGGUUUACAAGGUGUAAAAUCUGAAGAUGUGAAACUUUUGGAAUCACAUCCAAAGAAUCUAAAGCAGUAUGGAAGGCGGAGGAAGCUGAACCCCAUGACAAAGGAAAAAGAAAUUCAAGACGUGACUGCUGAACUCGAACAGAAGACGAAACAACUGGAUCUUUCAGAUCUAGAUAAAUCGUCCCAGCCAUUACCUGAAUCUGAGCAGCAGGCAACACUGACAUCUAAUGAUGUUGAUAUGAAUUCAAAGCAGCAGCAUAUUGAACAACAUGAUAAAUCAGUUUCAAAUGAUCAUAUCGAGCAACAGGGGACAAAAAAGGUAGACCAAGUGGUACGUCGUAGUCAAAGGCUUUCUAAAUCUACACAAACAUAUACCUUGUCACUGGACUUGUUGCCAAGCUCACAGUCACAAUGUCGUCGUCCUGCGCAACCGAUCCUGAAAAAUGAUCAGUCAUCUUUACAAGUUCAGGCGCCCCAGCUGAUGAGAAUGGAUGUAGAUUAUGUUAACUUGGCCGAGAGAAUUCAGCUAUUGCAGCUUCCUGCUGUCGACAAUAUUCAGACCACAAAACACACAGAUACAGGGUCCUCAGAAUCAUCCCUGGACCAGGUGCAGAUGGUUAAGACAACCAAAGAAUUGCAACAACAUGCAAAACUUCGUAGUUGGCAAAAGCGGUGCACAUCCCAUGAAAAUACACAGACUGCUUGUCCUGGUUCUUCAUCGGCUAUAGGGCCGACAGAGCAAAUGUCACAAGUACCACUGUGUCUAGAGUAUUAUCAACAACCUGUAGCUUUGAAAGAGUCGAUGCAGCAGCAAGCUCACACAAAACUGUCUGGCACAACUAAGUUGGUAGCAGACACAAGUAUGAAGGACAUGCCAACUUUAGAUCAAAGAUGGACACAAAUGCCCCAAGGUCGAGGGAGAGGCCGCGGUAGACCUCCUAAGAUGAAAUUGGGACAGAGGUCAAUGCAAAAUCCUUGAAUCAACUUACUGAUUCCCAAAUGAGGGUUAUUACUUUAGUUAACUUAAUGUUACCAUACAGAAGUCUGUAAACAUCAUUAAAUAUAGGCAAACCCUGGGCAUCCAGAUUUCAAAUUUGAAGAAUUUGCAUUUUCAAAAUUAUAUGUUUGGAUUUGUUUGUCGACGGUGAAGUAAUCAUGCUUCUGAGCUUAUUAUUUAAACUCAUAAGCAUAUUAUCCAAGUCCGAACAAGUUGUUAGAACCUUUUUUUUUUUUUUUAUCUAGGUGGGAACACAUAUUUUUCCUGCUGGUGUUAGAGCAU